AUGUCGACUACUUGGGGAAAUGCUGAAUCUUGGCCUGUGGACCAGACCUUAUCGUCUAGAGGACCAGCUUAUAGUACAAAUCCAUCAAAUAUGGAGGUAUUUUCUUCUGAAGAAUCGUGGGGACCAAAACCCGUAAAGGUGUCGAAUUCAACAUGGGGUGAAAAUUCUCCCAAGACAUGGAGUGCUAGUGCUAAUAAAACUGAUGAUGAUGACACGUGGGAUCCAAGUUAUAAUAAUAUUAAAACUUCUCCAAAAGUACCUCGUCCGCAACCUCCAAAAGAUCAUAAUUACGAUAAUGAUUCUGAUCUGUUAGAAAAGGCUGCAUCAAGGGAUAGGAAUUCUUCUGUGAUUAUGUGUAACAAAGAGGUUCAAACCGAUCCGAUUAAUCUGGAACACAUAAAGUCUUUACCACAAAAAUGGUCAACUUGGAUUAUUCAGGAGGUUCCCAAAACUAUACCUAAACAAAUUGAUACGCGGGAUACUUCUGAAGAAAUUCCAAAACCAAACAAUGAUUUAUGGGGAACUCCUAAGGAGACUCCAAAAAAAGACAAUACUUGGGGCACAACAUCCAAACCAGAUAAUGAUAAAUGGGGAGCUCAGAAAGAGACACUAAAUAAGACGUGGGAUACUUCUGAAGAAAUGCCAAAACAAAGUAAUAAUUUAUGGGGAGGUCCUACAGAGACUCCUAAAAAAGAUAAUACUUGGGGCACAACACCAAAACCAGAUAAUGAUGCAUGGGGUGCUCAGAAGGAAAAUAAGACGUGGGGUGAUAAAACUAAUAUGUGGGAUACUUCUGGAGAAAUGUCAAAACAAAACAAUGAUUUAUGGGGAGCUUCUAAGGAGGCAUCUAAAGAAUAUAAUUCUUGGGACACAACAUCCAAACCAGAUAAUAAUACAUGGGGAGCCCAGAAAGAAAAUAAGACGUGGGGGGAAAAUCCUAAGCCUGCCAGUAUGUCAUCUGAAGAAGCUUGGGAAAAACUCCUUAAGGCAGAUAAAGAAAAAGACAUCGAUGAUUUUAAAGAAGCGUUUGAAGAAUAUGCCAAAGCUACGCCGGAUGAAAAUUUUCAAUCAAUCGAAAAAAAAUUAAGAGCUGCUAAUUGCACAGGCAGAAUAAUAGCUCUGGAGCGGGAAGGUAUUCCAUUAACAAAAUGCCUCAUUGAUUUGCAAGGAAACACCGGAAAAAAAUAUGUCGCUACGAUCAUCAUGGGAUCUCCAGACAGACUUCCUCGUACUGCUGGAUCUCGCGCGCGAGAUGAAGGUGAAAAUGUUGAAUGGCUUGCUGAUGCUGGUUUCAUGAGGGACGAUCGUGAACCCGCUUAUGAAAAUCAUUUAUCAAAAGACUGCCCUACGGCUGGUGGAAAUGAUGAAUGGCCUCAAAAAACUGAUUCAUAUUCUUGGGGUGCACAAACCACAGACAAAUCGAUGACAGAAACAAGUUCUUGGGGUGCUCAAUCACAAACCGAAACAAGCUCAUGGAAUGCUCAAACUACGGAUAAGUCUCGAGGCGAUCCCUGGGGUUCUCAAGCCGCAGACAAAUCACAAACUGGAACCAAUACAUGGGGUGCUCAAGCCACAGAUAAACCUCAAAACGAUUCCUGGGGUGCUCAAACCACUACCAAGUCAAAUACGUGGGGUGCUCAAGCCACGGACAAAUCUCAAAGCGGUUCUUGGAGUCCUCAAACCACUAACAAGCCUCAGACUGAAACAAAUUCAUGGGGUGCUCAAGCUCAAGCCACGGACAAGUCCCGAGGCGAUCCCUGGGGUUCUCAAACUACUAACAAAUUUCAAACUGAAACAAAUUCAGGGGGGGCUCAAACCACAAAUAAGUCUCAAAGCGAUCCUUGGGGUUCUCAAACCAAUAACAAACCUCAAACUGAACCAAAUUCAUGGGGUGCUCAAGCCGCUGACAAGUCUCCAAACGAUUCCUGGGGUUCUCAAACGGCAGACAAAUCUCAGAUUAAAACAAAUGCUCCUUGGGGUGCUCAAGCUGCUGACAAGUCUCAAAGCGAUCCUCGGGGAUCUCAAACUGAAACAAAUUCUCCCUGGCCUGCUAAAGCAGGCAAGUCUCAAACUGAUUCUUGGGGUUCUCAAGCUACAACUAAGUCUCGAACAAAUUCUCCUUGGGGUGCUAAAACAGACAAACCUCAAACAGAACCUUGGGGUUCUCAAGCUCCAAACAAAUCUCGAACAAAUUCUCCUUGGGGUGCUAAAACCGAUAAGCCUCAAACUGAUUCUUGGGGUUCUCAAACAGUUAAUAAAUCGCAGGCUGAUUCAAAUUCAUCCUGGGGUGCUAAAACCGAUAAGCCUCAAACUGAUUCUUGGGGUUCUCAAACAGUUAAUAAAUCGCAGGCUGAUACAAAUUCAUCCUGGGGUGUUAAAACCAACAAGCCUCAAACUGAAUCUUGGGGUUCUCAAGCUGCCGACAAACCACAAGCUGAUACAGAUUUAGGCUUGGGUAUUAAAGUCAACAAGUCUCAAAGUGAUACUUGGGGAUCUCAAGCUGCUGACAAACCACGAGCUGAUACAGAUUUAGCCUGGGACGUUAAAGCCGACAAGUCACAAAAAAAUGAACCAUGGGGCUCUCAACCCGCUGAUCAAUCACAAAUUGAAACAAAUUCAUCCUGGGGUAAAGCCGAUAAGUCUCGAAAUGAACCAUGGGGUUCUCAAACUGCAAAUAAGUCACAACCAGAAAUAAAUUCAUCCCAAGGAGCUAAAGCUGACACGUCUCAAAGUGAUACUUGGGGUUCUCAAGCUACUGGCAGACCACGAGCUGAUACAGAUAAGUCUCAAAAUGGACCAUGGAGUUCUCAAAGCGCUGACAAGUCACAAACAGAAACAAAAUCAUCUUGGGAUGCUAAAACCAAAUCUCAAAGUGAUACUUGGGGAUCUCAAGCUGCUGACAAACCACGAGAUAAUACAGAUUUAGGCUGGGGUGGUAAAGCCGACAAGCCACAAAAAAAUGAACCAUGGGGCUCUCAAGCCGCUGAUAAGUUACAAACAGAAACGAAUUCAUCCUGGGGUGUUAAAGCUGAUAAAUCUCGAAGUGAUACCUGGGGUUCUCAAACUGCAGAUAAGUCACAACCUGAAACAAACACAUCAUGGGGUGUUAAAGCCGAUAAGUCUCAAGCUGACCCUUGGGGUUCUCAAACCACUAACAAGUCACAAACUGAAGGUAAUACAUCCUGGGGAGCUAAAUCUGACAAGUCUCAAACAGAUUCAUGGAAUUUUCAGGCCUCGAACAAGACUCGAAAUGAAAUGAAUCCACCCUGGAGUGCUCAAUCUUCGGAUAAGUUUGUCGAAGAGCCACGUGGAAGAAGUAAUGAACCUAGGGAGAUUCCUAAUUGGUCAAAGAGUAAUAGUGGUUGGGUUCAAAAUUCAGAGAACAAUACCAAUUUAAAUCAACCUAAUAGUACUUUGAAACCGGAUCUAAAGACUUUAGCUGUUACAAAGUAUGUUUAUAUUGUUUUAGAUUUAAAGCCGACUCCAAAUGCAAAUGGAUGUUACAAACAGUGUGUGAACUUCAAAUUUAAUAAAUUUAAUUUUAUGUUCUCACAUAAGUGUAACCCUAAUCCUAACCGAAAAGUUUUAC